AGCCAUAAGCGCAAGGCCAACUCCAGCGCAUAUGAAAGUCCAAGAAUUCUCCUUCUCGCGUUCUCUCCUUCGAAUCCCCUUCGAUCCUUCUCUCCUCCGCGCCUCCUCUGGGAAUCCCGAACUACCCUUAGGGUUCCGGUGCCCUUCCGGCGAUGGCCCGGGACGCGGCGCUGGUGGAGGUGUCGGUGAAGAAGAAGGUGGUGGCGCCGAGGAGUUGGGUGCUGCUGGAUUCCACCGGAGAGACUACGAUUCUCGAUGCUGAUAAGUAUGCGAUCAUGCACCGCGUUCAGAUCCAUGCCCGGGAUCUGAGGAUCCUUGAUCCUCUGCUUUCGUACCCUUCUACCAUCUUGGGACGCGAGCAGGCUAUAGUGCUCAAUCUCGAACAUAUCAAAGCGAUAAUCACGGCAGAGGAGGUUUUGCUUAGGGAUCCAACGGAAGAGAAUGUGAUUCCGAUUGUAGAGGAGCUCAGAAGGCGUCUACCAACUAUAACUGUGGCUGAAAGAACGCAGGGUGAAGGUCGAGAGCACCAUGAUGCAGAUGCCAUUGAAGAAGAGGAGUCUCCAUUUGAAUUCCGAGCACUGGAAGUUGCUUUGGAAGCUAUUUGCAGCUUUCUUGAUGCCCGUACCACCGAACUGGAAACUGCUGCCUACCCAGCCUUGGAUGAGCUGACCUCAAAGAUUAGUAGCCGUAACCUGGAUAGAGUGCGUAAACUGAAAAGUGCCAUGACGAGAUUGACUGCUCGAGUUCAAAAGGUAAGAGAUGAACUUGAGCAACUAUUGGAUGAUGAUGAUGACAUGGCUGAUCUUUACCUAUCAAGAAAGUUGUUUGGAGCAUCCUCACCUGUCAGUGGCUCUGGUGCACCCAAUUGGUUUGCUGCCUCUCCAACAAUUGGGUCAAAGAUAUCUAGAGCAAGCAGAGCAAGUGCAGCCACCAUUCAUGGAAAUGAGAAUGAUGUUGAGGAGCUUGAAAUGUUACUUGAGGCAUACUUUAUGCAGAUUGAUGCCACAUUAAACAAAUUAACGACGCUCCGUGAAUAUAUCGAUGACACAGAAGACUACAUUAAUAUUCAGCUUGAUAAUCAUCGUAAUCAACUGAUUCAGUUGGAGCUAUUCUUGAGUUCAGGCACUGUUUGUCUCUCCCUGUAUUCCUUAGUAGCCGGGGUAUUUGGAAUGAACAUUCCAUACUCAUGGAAUGACAACCAUGGAUAUAUAUUCAAAUGGGUGGUGAUCAUUUCUGGUGUAGUAGCCGCACUGCUUUUCAUUUUUAUUGUCGCUUAUGCUCGUUACAAAGGCCUUGUCGGUUCUUGAACACCAUUGAGGUAUAUGCAAUUUGGAAGAUGGGAUGUCAACUGUACCCUUCUAUUGUCCAUACUGAUGAUUCUCCAAGAUAAAUGCCAAAGUUAAAAAUCACUGCAACUGCUUAAAAUGCCAACCUGUCUUAAUUUGUUGACCUACUUGCCUGCUUCACAGAUGAUACCGGACUUUCAUUUGCCAUUAUAAUUGUAAUUUUGGCAUUCUUUUGAUUCUCCAAUAUCUUAUCAGUGAUGGCAAUUAUUACUUCAUCAUAACAGGUGUUGGAUACAUCCAGAGGGAUACUUGAAACUUUUACUGCUAAAUAAAUAUUCUGUAUCAAUUUGUAUUCCUUUUCUGCAGCAAUACAAAUCAGUUUAGUACAAGAAUUUAUAUUCAA